UGUCAUUGUCGUGAUCGUUAAAUGUUCAUACAACUACGUUCGUCGUGUAGAAAUCUAACUCAACAGUAAAUGUAGCAGGUAUGAAAUUAUUUAUGGUAAUUCUUUUAUUAAUGCAGAGUAUCAACUUUAGUAUGAAUGAAAAAGAUUGCGUAAUAAAAUUAAAUCCGAAAAAUUUGGACCGUCAACCAAUGUACUUCUUGAAAAGAAAUGAAAAGUACAAGUUCGCUAAACCAGUCCUGAAUAAGGAUGGAGAAGUAGACUUAUUAAUCAAACACUCGGAAUAUCUAAUUGUAUCCUGUCAUGCAACGAAUCUAAUUUUGAGGACAAGUCGAGUAGAGGAAAAUUAUUCAGCUUUUUGCAACGACGAUCGUUUAGAAACGUCGAGCUCAGAUGUACAAUUAGGAGAAUAUCAAUGUACGGAAAAUGUCGACUUCCAGAAGAAAAAUUUAGAAGAAACAUGCGCUGGACCAUUGUCUGAAUCAUACGAAAUUGGAAUUGAUGUUUUAUUUAGGCAGCAUUCAUCAAAGAUACCAGUAAUACCGCAGAAAUUGUUGGACUUUGUCAAAUGGUAUCCAUUGUAUUCGGUGUGUUUCAAUGAUUCCGUGAAAGAAACAAUUUACACCAGACACAUUAUCAAUGGUGCAUCUAUCAAAGCAAGACAAACAGGAAUCUCUAAAUCGUCCGAUAACAAAUAUGAAUUCGGUUCUGAAUUUCGUAUUCGUAAACACGAGAAGAUUAAUCCAGAUGACGCAUUUAAAUUGGACGAUCAACAACAAGGAAUGAUAGAAGAUCCAUCUUUCGUGCCUUAUUUCAAUCAUGAAAAGAAAAACUUGAUGAAAAAAACAUUGGUUCCUCCCGAAGAUAUGUUAUAUUUCGGUUGGCAACAGGCGUCUUACUUUUACUUGAAUAUUGCACCGAUGUGGAGUAAUUUGGAAUGCACGUGGAAAAACCUAGAGAAACAUAUCAGAAUAGCAGCUGCUAGAUACGAAACGGAGUUAAUUGUGUACACCGGAGUUUACGAAAAAUUUAGAAUAAAUGAUCAAGAAGUAACACUGGAUAAACACAUUAGAGCUAUCACAGUGCCCUUUUAUUUCUGGAAGAUCGUCUACCACAGAGUUAAUAGAAGUGGAAUAGCAUUUGUUAUGAAUAACGAUCCGUAUAAAAGAAAUCCUCGUCUGUGUAUACCCAAAGAUAAAAGUGUAGGAAGAACUUGGCCGAUAUACAACGAUGCAUACAGAUUAGGAUUGUUGUAUCCUUGUUUAGUGGAUGACUUACGUAAAGCGAUAAACCUACCAGAGGAAUCGCUGAAAUUUAUAAUCACUCAAGAAUUGUAUUAUCCGACGAAUUGAAAGCGUUUGGCUCAUAAAUUCUUUUUCUAUUAAAAAUUAUAUUGAUU